CAGAGAUUUCUUUGUUAUUCAAUUAUCUGAAGUGUAUUGCGAAGUUUAUCUCUUGGUUUUGUAAAAAAAUAACCUUUUUACAAAAAAAUAUUUUCGGACCACAGAUCAGGAAAAGGUGUAUUUUUUAUAUUAGAAAUUUGUUACAUAAUAUUACGCGCAGAAAUAUGUUGCAAAAAUAGAUGGAAAACCUGCCUGACCAUAAUGUCAGAUUUAUACUGUCUAUUCUGCCGCUCUUUCCAUAUUCAAACACUUUCAACAGAAAAACCACAGAUAUAUGCACACCUAUUUUGUGUUUCUUUGUAUAAUUGUUCCAGCUGGUCCCCAUUUACCUUACCUAUUUGUUCCUCUUCAUCCUUGUUAGCAGAAUAGCAACUAUGUUAACAGUAGAAAAAAAAUUAGAUAGGUAAAUUAUGCGUAGAAGCCGAAGCCGAAGACUUUUUUUGAAAUUCGGCUGGAGGCAAGUUAUUACAAUUUCCAUUUACUUUGGAACUUAUUUGCAUCAAUUUUGACUUACAUAACUUCCCAGAAAACAAGGGUUAUGACACAAUCGUCUUGAUUGUGCUUUCCCACUUGCUUAUGCAUUAUUAUGAUUGAUACUGGAGCAACGUCUCAAUCGCAGGAAUUAUUGCACUGGUCAGGAUUUCCACUGUGCUGUGUACAAGCAUGCAUACCGCUCGGGUAGCGCGCUUUAUUUUCUCGGCUUCAUUUGCCAAAAGAGCAUCAUUUUCGCGCUGUGAUUCGCUCGGACAAGUCACAAGUUCUAUGUGAAAUGGCAGGAGGUCGCAUCCUAAUUGUCGUCACACUGCUCCGGUUAGGCGCCUACAGCUUGCGGCUAAACGACCUGUGCUCUACUUUCGAUUCGCGGCUAGGUCGCUGUGUGGCAGCAGAAAGUUGCAGUCUGAUUGGUCGAAUCCAGCAGCUGGCACCUCAUCUCAGAAGUUCGGCCGAUUCGUUCCUGCUGAUGCACAGCGAAUGUGGUUCGCAAGGUCAUCGCGGGGAAAAAUUGUUUUGUUGUCCGAUACUCGCAAAUGAAGAAAAAUGCGGAACAAAUACGAUUGCUAAUAGGAUUCACGGUGGCACAGAUACUGAAUUUGGAGAACAUCCGUGGGCGGUACAACUGGUUUAUAAGCUCGGUGGCAAUCGCUAUCAGUCGCCUUGCAGCGGAGUGUUAAUAAGCGAGCGUUACGUAUUGACUGCAGCUCACUGCGCUGAAAGCGUUCCCAGCAGUUGGAAAUUAGUUCACGUACUAGUGGCAAAAUGGGGUCCCGACGAGUGCGUCACAAUAGAAGAGGAUCGCGUGUGCAGCCGACGGUACGAAAUCGAGCAAACAAUCGUUCACAGCAGCUUCGACAAAGAUUCGAUAAGUCUACCGAAUGAUAUCGCCCUGCUGAAGCUGAAAGAAGCAGUCAAGUACGGGAAGUACAUCCGACCUGUCUGCUUACCUCUCGAGAGGAGCAUACGAAGUCUACCUGUGGACAAGGAAGAGUUCACCGUCGUAGGAUGGGGACAAACAGAUGAUGGUACCAAAAGUAAACAGCUGAUGCAGGUUGUGUUGACCGGAAAGCCCAUCCAAGACUGUCGAAGGGUGUUCAAUCCACGAAAACUAAGCAUUACCGAUAUGCAGCUGUGCGUAGGUGGCGAAGAAGGCAAGGAUUCCUGUCGGGGUGAUUCGGGAGGACCGUUGAUGAGACAGGUUCGCGGUGUUUGGUACCUCGCCGGGGUGGUUAGCUUUGGGGAACUUCAGUGCGGUCACAAGGAUCAUCCCAGUGUGUAUACCAACGUGGCUGAGUACGUGGAUUGGAUUGAAGACUGUGUGGCCGAAAGCCAAUAGUAUUAUAUAUGUUCCGAAAUUUUGUGCAUUCGUAAAAAUUCUUGGCUUUAUUCUGAAAAACAUUAUAAGCGACAAAAAAAUUACAGUCAUCCCACAUAUUCGGAACGGUUUCCAGAUCGGCCAAUGUUAAAAAAUCAUAGCAAAUCAAUAAUUGAACAUAGAACUCUGCUUUUACCUUCAUUUGAAAGCUUUUCUUGAGAUCUUUCGAAUGCUGUAUCGAACAUCUGAAAAUUUUAACUUUUGUAUGAAGUUUUUGAAGAAUUACUUUGACCCUUGAAAUCCACAAAUUCGGAACACUUUUUUCUUACGAAUGUAAACAAACUUUGGAUCUCUCCAGGAGUACAUAUUUAUUACCAAAUCACAAAUUGAAACCAAUGAAACUCAAGCUUAGUGAUGUACUUUUUGUAAAAAUAUUAGUUAAAUUCAGGUGUUCCACAAUUGUGGGAGGCACAAUAACAUCCCACAAUUAUGAAACAGGCAAUUUGGAGGCAGUGUUUUGUUGCUCUGAAUAAAAUAGCCUCGAAAUGCAGUUUUUUGUUCAAAAAGAACUACUUUUACUAGUGAAAUAGCAAGAUAAUGUCCAAAUAAAGGUCCUAAAAAUAGAAGGGUCGCCAGAUAAGAUGCAUUUGGCAUGCUAUUGACAAAUCAUCACAAAAGUGUUCCGAAUUUGUGGGUGUUCCGGAUAUGUGGGAUGACUGUGUGCGCGUCGUUUUUUUUUACUCACAUUUUACCUCAAGUAUCAAAAUGUAAAUUCUCCCGAACUCGAGGCUUAAAAAAGCUUAUAAAUCGAAAUGCACCUGAAGGCUUUCCAUUUUUUUUUUGCUGGUGUAAUUUAUUUAUCUUUUUGGUUUUAUAUUAAGAGUCAUAUAAUUUAAUGAAAUAAAAUAAAUCAAACACAAAAGCGAGUUUUUUCCAAAGUGAAACAGGUCGUAUCGCGAUGCUCCGAUUUGAAUGAAAUUUUCAGCGUUUGUUUGUCUAUUAGAG